GCGGUUUCCGGCGCUGUUGGUUUCGUUAAAGACACAUUCCAUCAUGGAAAAGAUAAAGUCGAAGAUGCCAAAGAGCACGUCCAAGAGGUAGCUUCCGAUGCAGCGGAAUCCGCGAAGCACAAAUUGGAGGAAGCCAAGGAUAAGGCCUCGGAAUGGACUCACGAUGUGCAGAUGGCGGGCAAAGACGCGAAGGACUCUGUGUCGAGGACUUUGGACGAUACAUACAAGGCUGCUGGUGAAUGGAAAGACGAAGCUGCACAGAAAGCUGAGGAUUUGAAGAGCAGUGCCGAAAAGGUGGUCUCUGAUGCAACGGAGGCUGUAUCGCAUAGCUUAGAGGAGGCGAAGGAAAAGGUGGAAGAGUUCAAAGACGAAGCCGAGAAGGCUGCGCAUGACGCCAAGGAGGCCGCUGCCGACGGGGUCGAAGAAGCGCAGAAGAAAGUUGAAGGAUGGAAGAGUGAAGCCGAAAAGGCCGCUGAAGCCGCUAAGGAUUCCGCUGCUCAUGCCGUAGACAGCGCAAAGAAUACAGCGUCAGAGUGGAAAGACGAUGCGAAGGAAAAGCUCUCGGAAUGGGGCAGCGAAGCUGAAAAGGCCGCUGAAGCCGCUAAGGAUUCUGCUGCUCAUGCCGUAGACAGCGCAAAGAAUACAGCAUCAGAGUGGAAAGACGAUGCGAAGGAAAAGCUCUCGGAAUGGGGCAGCGAAGCUGAAAAGGCUGCGCAUGACGCCAAGGAGGCCGCUGCCGAAAAGGUCAAGGAAGCGCAGAAGAAGGCUGAAGGAUGGAAGAGUGAUGCCGAAAAGGCUGCCGAAUCCGCUAAAGAUUCUGCUGCCCAUGCCGUGGAUAACGCAAAGAAUACAGCAUCAGAGUGGAAAGCCGACGCAAAAGAAAAGCUCUCGGAAUGGGGCAGCGAGCUGAAAGCUGCACAUGACGCCAAGGAGGCCGCUGCCGAAGGGGUUGAGGAAGCGCAGAAGAAGGUUGAAGGAUGGAAGAGUGAAGCUGAAAAG